AUGUUGAGCAGAAACUUGUUAAGAACUGCUGUGAGAUUUCAAUCGACUCUCGCCCAAAAGGCUUCAGCCACUGCUACCGGCCUCACUCUUGAAGAAUUAGCAGAGAAUGAGAAUGCAAUGCAAGCCCCAAACAGAGAAAGCAUUUGGUCACCAAGUCAGGCUGCUAGAAGAGAUAUCAUUUCGAAGAACCCCCAAAGAUUUAUUCAGAAGGAUUUGAGCAAACAGCCACAACCAUAUGCGGCCAUCGAGUUGAUCGCCCAAGUUCCAGUCAAGUACUUGCACGAAGGUAACAUUGCUGUAUGCGAUGGUAACAGAGGUUCUACUUUGCAGGGUCACCCCAAGGUGUUCAUCAACUUGGAUCAGCCAAAGCCUGCUACUUGCGGCUAUUGUGGGUUGAGAUACGCUAAAGAGGAGUUUAGAGAGAUCAUCGAGAAGGAAGCUUAA